UCAUUUUCGAAUUGGAUAUAGACAGAAUGGGUUGCCCCUUGAAACAUUUCUAUAAUUAAAGGCAACUCCAUCAUUGUUGAGCAAGAAAAAUAUGAAAAUUUUGAUGUCUAUCAUUUGUCUUUUGUUUUUCAUCUCUUUGUUGCAGACUCCAAUAGAAGCUGCCCAAAAGUCGUAUGUGGUGUACUUAGGAGGCCAUUCUCAUGGAUUUCGGCUCUCUUUGACACUAGAUCAUACCGCUGCAGUUGCUAAUUCACACUACGAGCUUUUGAGUUCUUGCAUGACAAUAAAGGAGAAGGCAAGAGAAGCGAUAUUCUAUUCAUAUACCAACUCUAUCAAUGGAUUUGCAGCUGUACUUGAUGAUGAAGAAGUCCUAAAGAUUUCGAAGCAUCCAGAUGUUGUAUCAGUUUUUCCCAAUGGAUUAGAAAAUGAACUAGAAACAACAAGAUCAUGGGAGUUUCUUGGAUUAGAGAAAAAUGGCGAAGUUGUUCCUAAUUCUCUCUGGCCAAAAUCAAAAUUUGGAGAAGAUGCCAUUGUUGCAAACCUUGACAGUGGUGUGUGGCCGGAAUCUGAAAGCUUCAAUGAUGAAGGGAUGGAACCUAUACCGUCAACUUGGAAAGGUCAUUGUGAUACAAAAAAUGGGUUCAAAUGCAACAAGAAGCUCAUUGGGGCAAGAUACUUCAGCAAGGGCUUUGAAGCUUCAGGCAUUGCUCUCAAUUCUUCUGAAAUCGAUGCUCGAGACAGAGACGGUCAUGGCACACACACGCUUUCUACAGCAGGCGGUCGGUUUGUUCCAGGUGCUAACCUGCUUGGUUCAGCCAAUGGAACUGCGAAAGGAGGAGCGCCCAAUGCUCGAGUUGCUGCAUACAAAGUUUGCUGGGGAGGCUGCACUGAUGCUGAUAUAUUAGCUGGAUUUGAUGCUGCUAUUCAUGAUGGUGUUGAUAUUAUAAAUCUUUCGCUUAGUAGUCGUCCUGCCCCUUUCGCGGAGAGUGCCAUAUCGAUUGGAUCUUUCCAUGCUACUAGCAGUGGGAUUCUUGUCGUCGCCUCAGCUGGAAAUCAAGGGGACGAAGGAGGGAGGGUGCGAAAUGGAGCACCAUGGAUGCUCACAGUUGGAGCUGGGACCAUUGAUCGCAAUUUUACUUCUGAUGUUGUACUUGGAAAUAAAAAGACAAUCAAGGGAGGCCUCAGUUUUCAUACCAAUACUUUACCUGCUAAAAAGUACUAUCCCCUGGUUUAUGCUUUGGAUGCCAAGGCCUCCAAUGCAUCUUCUGAUGAUGCACAGUCCUGCGCUCAAGGAUCCCUUGAACCAAGCAAGGUUAAAGGCAAAAUUGUGUAUUGUGCAAGGAGUUUUGUUUUCGACGUUGAUAAGAGCUUCGUUGUGGCGCAAGCUGGUGGCGUUGGAGUGAUCUUUGCUAGAUCUGUAUUAUCAGAUAAAGUUGAACCUCACUUCAUUCCUACUACAGCUAUUUUUGAAGAAGAUGGUGAAGACAUUUUAUCUUAUAUAAACAGCACUAGGUCACCAGUAGCUUACAUAAGUGGUGGAACAGUAUAUGGAAAAGCUGCUGCACCAGCACCUGUCGUCGCUGCAUUUUCAUCUACUGGACCUAAUUCGAUUACUCCAGAAAUCCUUAAGCCUGAUAUCUUAGCUCCUGGCGUGAACAUUUUAGCUGCUUACGUUCGAAACAAAGGGCCGGCUUCUAUACCUGAAGACCAUAGACAUGUUCCAUUCACUAUUCUUUUUGGAACUUCAAUGGCAGCCCCUCAUGUUGCUGGCGUUGCUGGUCUUCUUAAAGCCUUUCAUCCUGAUUGGAGUCCUUCUGCAAUCAAAUCUGCAAUCAUGACCACAGCAAGAACUAGGGAUAAUGCCGGAAAGCCUAUUUUCGCCGAGGAAAAUUUCAAGGCAACCCCUCUUGAAUACGGAUCUGGUCAUAUUAUGCCAAACCGAGCAAUGGAUCCAGGCUUGGUUUACGAUUUAAGUACUAAAGACUACUUGAAUUUUCUAUGCUCCCUUGGCAACAACAAAACGGAAAUGUCAGUUUUCGACAAGUCGCAUAAGUGCCCCUCAACCAACAUUAGUCUACUGGACUUCAACUACCCAGCAAUCACUCUCCCUGAUCUCUUGGACAAUGUAACAGUAACUAGAACCUUAAAGAAUGUAGGAACUUCAGGUGUAUAUAAAGUUCGUGUUCAAGCGCCUAAAGGAUUAUCAAUCAAGGUGGAUCCGACGAGUUUGAAAUUCAGCAAGAUGUAUCAACAGAAAAGUUUCAAGGUGACAAUAAAGAGAGAGGGACUAGACAGCUUUGGUGUUGGUAGGCUGAUAUGGUCUGAUGGAGAUCACUUUGUAAGGAGUCCGAUUACGGUUUUCUGAAAGCAUGAACUCAAAAGUUUCGUGCGCCUUUAUUGAGAUCAUAAAAUGUAUACUACUCGUUUCUUAAAUUAAGUUGAAUAUUACUCUAUUUGAAGUGCAUUGCAAGUAAUAUUUGGAUA